AUGGCCGACUUCUUGUUUCUAGCACGCGUCGCCAGCGCACAGGUGUGCCGACCGCACUUCCACUCGCCGCUGCAUCCGUGGACGCUCGCGCCGGAGAAGCCCGUCGUUCCGCACGCGCACACGGCCGGCGGCCACCCCGUGCCCUCCGCCUGGUGUAACCCCUACAAGAACCCGCACCACCCAUCUCCAGCCGCGCAGCUGAGCAGCUCGAUCGCAGGCGGCCACCACUCUAGUCCCUACUACGUCAGCUUCCCGCCGACGCCGCCGAAGGACAUCAGCUCGGAGAGCAACAUCGAGCAGGCCGUCACGACGGCGUACGGCAACGGCAUUGCCGAGCAGGCGGGCCUGGCGGCUGACAAGCAGCACAAGUACAGCCGAGAAGGUACCAGCACCGGCUCGCUUAGCGCCCUGCCCGAUAACCAUGGCAUGCUGCAGCCGCCGCCGCCGUCGGCCGCCUCCUCCGCCGCCGCCGCCGCCUCCAGCUUGGCUUCGCAGCAUCACCAGAGCUACCCGCCGCAUCCGAUGCCGUCGUACAUGUCCUCGCACUCCGACUUCGGUCCCACGUCGCUCAGUCACGUCGGCUUUCAUCCUGCCGCAUCCGUGUUUAGCGCGAAGACGCUAGCUAGGACGAGAACGAAAGCACGCUCGAGCACCGACGGUGAAGAGCUACUUCGCUAUGCCGAUCGUCUGCAACAUUCUUCUCCGUCGAGAAGGCUUGCGAAAGAAGAAGAGGGCCGAGAAUGCGUCAACUGUGGAGCGACGUCAACGCCGCUCUGGCGGCGGGACGGCACAGGCCACUACUUGUGUAACGCGUGCGGUCUCUACCACAAGAUGAACGGACAAAACCGACCCCUGAUCAAGCCGAAGCGACGUCUGGUGAGUCCGCGACGAACUAACUAA